ACAUGUGCUGAAUGCAAAACUAAUAGAGCCGAAAAGAAAAAAUCCAAAAAAACAACUGAUAUUGAUACUGAAGAAGCCCCUAUUGAAAUAAUUGCAAUUGAUGAAAUUAAUAAUUAUAUUUUUGAUAUGAUUAAUGGAUUGGAAAAUGAUACUGCUCUAUUUUCUACUUUUUAUGUUAAACUUGAUGAAGCGAUUCUUAAUGCUGUUGGCAUCGAUGUUAGAGUAAUGGCUAAACUGAUCAUUGACGAAAUUGAAGAAGGGGAUGAUUUCAAAUGGACCGCUACAACUGCACCAAACAUUUCAUCAUGUUAUGAAGGCAUUGGUAAUACAUACUUUGUAUGUUCUCAAAGUACUGAGCUCGAACGUGAAUAUAAAGACUCAAAUUGCAAAAGAAUCGAUCGUUUCGAUUGUGGUGGCAAAUUAACUAUCAACAUUGACAUUCCAGCUGCAAAAGCCAAAGUAACACUACAGCAUGAGUUAAUACAUGAAAGACCUAUUAAUAUUGCAACACCUCCAGAAGUAAAACAAGAAAUUAUAGAAAACCUAAAUAUGGAUCCAGUACACUUACGAACUCAUCUUCGAAAGAAAUUUGAUAUAUCAAAAAUUACUUCGAAACAAAUCCACUACUGGUGGUCCUAUUAUGCGCAAAAAUUUUAUAAAAGUGAAGAAAAUCAUGUUAUUUCUGCAUGUACUUUUCUUGAGCAGCAGAAAAAGAAUAAUUACGAUCUGUGCUUUCGAACAGAAACUAGUUAUAUUACAGCAAUCGGGUUUACAACCCCCUUAUUUUAUUCAUUACAAAAUGUACUAGAGAUCCAUUGUGAUGCUAUAUACAAAACCUCCAAAAGAUGUUUUGAACUCUAUGGAAUUGUCGGAAAUUUUGAAG